AUGAGCGCAAAUCCGAGCAACGUUAUCCGCAGGAAGCUGGUCAUUAUCGGUGAUGGUGCCUGCGGCAAGACCAGUUUGUUGAGCGUAUUUACGCUAGGUUACUUUCCUACACAUUAUAUUCCUACAGUUUUUGAGAACUACGUGACGGACUGCAGAGUGGACGGCAAGUCUGUCCAGCUCGCUCUUUGGGAUACUGCCGGCCAGGAAGACUACGAGCGAUUACGACCCCUUGCAUAUUCGAAAGCCCAUGUCAUCUUGAUAGGCUUCUCUGUCGACACCCCAGAUUCUCUCGACAACGUUAAGCACAAGUGGAUUGAAGAAGCCCAGCGACUUUGCACCGGUGUUCCUAUCAUUCUCGUUGGCCUGAAGAAGGAUCUUCGAGAAGACCCCGUUGCGAUUGAGGAAAUGCGCAAGAAGUCGAUGCGAUUUGUAUCAGAGCACGACGGAGAGUCUAUUGCACGAGAAAUUGGCGCAAAACGAUAUCUGGAAUGCUCCAGUUUGAGCGGCGAGGGUGUCGACGAUGUCUUCGAGGCGGCUACUCGUGCUGCUCUGCUGACUUUCGAAAAGGGUGAGGGCGGUGGCUGCUGUGUCGUGCUGUAA